AUGGAGCCAAAGGAGAGCUGGUCCUGCGACCUCUGCGGGGGACGUUUGUUCGUCUUCGACUGGGAGCGGAAGAUCCGCGUGUGGACGCCGGGCCAAAGCAGUUCGAUGGGAGUUCAGCGAGCUCUGUGGCUGAAUGACGGUCAGAACCUCUUCCGAGACGAGGACUCCUUCGGUGGCGCCUCCUGGGGCGUCGCGGGCACGGCGGCGCACCUCAUCGGCUGCGGAGCCAUCCCGGAGAUCAUUAUUGUGGGUAUCGACCAUACCGGCCGCAACAGGACCUACGACUACUUGUCGUCGCCUCCCACUGGCUGGGACGCGCCCUGGGGCGACGGCAUGCGGGGCGACAUGUGGGAUGCCCCCGGUGGAGGCGUGGAUGCGUACCUCGAGAGCGUGAUCUCGCUUCUGCCUUGGGCGGAGCGGCGCUUUGGGGUGUCCGCCAAGCCCGAGCAUAGGUACUUCGGAGGUUCAUCGUUCGGCGGCAUUUGCGCGCUGUACAUGGCGAUGAAGUACCCAGGCCUUUGGGACGGCGUCCUGGUCGAGUCGCCCUCCUUCUGGGCGGGCGAAGGCCGCUACUUGUCGGACGUGAAGGCGCACGCCUCGCCCUGGCCACGGCGUAUGUACCUUGCCAUGGGAGAGUUCGAGUAUACUGGCUUCAGAGGCACCGAGAGGCCCGGCUCCUUGGAGUGCGACGCUUAUCUGCGAGACACCGCCGCGGAGUGUGCAGGGCACCUCUUCUUCUCCGGCACCGCGCUGGCCUUCCUGCUGGAGCGCGGGGGCAAACACAACGAGCGCGACUGGGGCCGGCGCCUGCCUGGAGCACUGCGUUGGCUGCUUGGAGCACCCACGGAGGGCCAAGACUUCUGGACCAGGCCGGCGCCGCUGAAGCCAGGGCCCUUCGAGCUCUUCGUGCGGAGAAGUUGGCUGAAGUUGGCCGAGAAGCAGCGCUUCCAGGUGCACCUGGGCUUCAACGGCUGGGCGCUGCAGGUGCAGCGCUGCGACCUGCUGGCCGCCUGUGUGGAGGAGGAGCCGCAGGCGGUGCUGGCGGCGCUGGCGCCUCGGAGGGACGAGCUCCAGAGGGACCCAUGGGCUCGAGCGUGUUUGGCAGUGCACUCUGGCUAG